GUAAUUUGAGGCGGUCAACACUAAAAACUGACGCAGGAUGACCACUGAAAAUGGUGAGAUUCGCCGUCCAACUAUUGCUGAUCGUGAGGAUGAAUAUCGUUCGCGUCGUCGAUUGCUGAUGAUUUCUCCAGCAAGAGUAGACCCGUUCGCUGAUGGUAUGUAUACAAACAGCGUUUUUAUUGUUUAUCAACAUUUAUCCUUAAGUUAUUACCCCAUCUAAGAACGAAUUUUUCUUUUUUGUAUAGCGAUGUGGUGUCCAGCGGGGCUUAUUUUUUGUGUAAGGUUAGGGCGUUUGGUAAGUGCAUAUGAUUAGGUGAUUGUUUAGUUCUUAUACAUUCUACGCAAUCCAAACUCUUUUACAGCGAUUUCGCAUCAUUCAACCUUGAAGCAAUCUCUUGGUUCGGAAACGAUGGCCCGGGAUAAACCCAUCACGUGCGUCAUUUUUUUUAUGAUGUUAAAUUAUGUGUAUAGUUCUCUAAUGCCUAAUUUGUCUUUGCUUCUUUUUAUUUAUAUUUAUUUCUGCGCACCACUGACAAAUAAUUUGAUGAAUUGGCGUUUGUAGGCGACCAAACACCGGAUCACCGUCUAUCAACGUACAAAGAUAUCAUGCUUAAUCAGCAACUCACCAAGGAACAACGGGCAUUGCAGGCAGAGAUAGCCGAAAGAGGUAAGACUGGGACUCUACGGAUGGACUCAGAAGUUCCCACGAAAAGACGUAGAUGGGAUCAGCCUACCACAGAUGUCAACGGGACUAAGAAUGACGCACCAACUCCUGCUGCUACUCCAUCAACUCCUUCGAAGCGUUGGGGAGAUGACGCACUCACUCCUUCACGUCCACCCUCUACACUUACAGGAGUCUCAACCCCUGGAAGCCGGUCACAGUGGGAUGACACUCCCGGGAGAGCAAAAGACCCUGGCGCAACCCCUGGACAAAGCGUUAGGCAAUGGUCAGAAACUCCCCACUUUGCAGCUACUCCAGGUCGAGAAACAGGAAGUUCUGCAUUUGGUGUAAGUAUUGAGACCGGUGAAUUUCAUGCCGCUAACUAAUUCCUCGUGCUAAUGCUUUUAAUUUUUUCCCGUUCUAGGGGACACCUAGUGCUAGACGUAACCGUUGGGACGAAACUCCUCACACUGAAAGGUAUGGUGCCGAUACACCAGGUCAUGGUGCUGGAUGGGCAGAAACCCCCAGAGCUGAUCGAACUCCUGGCGGUGUAGAGUCAAUUCAAGACACACCAUCUUCAAUGGUUUAUGGACCAGGCUCCACUCCAUCAAGUAUUGCUGCUGCAGCCGCACUUGCCGUUAAGCGCAGAUCUAGAUGGGACGAAACUCCACUAAAAGCAGGAUCAACUCCAGGUGGUUUAACACCAUCUCAGACUCCGGGCAGCUUCACACCGUCAAGUGCUAUGGGUGGGAUAACACCAGGAGCAACUCCUGGAGGCUUUAAUGCGGCCAGCGCUUUCACUCCUUCCGGAACUACUCCAACAGGUUUACGGGCUAUGGCUAUGGCCACACCAAAUUUUGGGUCUGCUGCCAUAACAAUACCAGGAGCAGGAAUCCCAAUGACUCCCGAACAGUUACAAGUAUAUGCUUGGCAGAAGGAGAUCGAUGAUCGAAACAGACCUCUAACUGAUGAGGAUUUAGAUGAGUUGUUGCCUCCAGGUUAUAAGAUCAUGCCACCGCCCGCCGGUUACGUCCCAAUAAGGACUCCUGCUCAUCGAUUGGUAGCAACACCAACUCCAAUGAUUGGAGGGACUCCAAUGGGCUUUAGAAUCGGCACACCUGAUAUUGGAACAACAGCUGGGUUUGGUAUGAAUGCAACUGGAGGUAAUGCUGCGGCUCUUGGUGACAUGCAACCGAAAGGAGCUAAUUUACCCAUGAUGAGACCUGAUGAUCUACAGUAUUUUGAUAAACUGCUACAAGAUGUCGAUGAGGACACUCUUCCACCCGAGGAGGCACGUGAAAGAAAGAUAAUGACAUUUUUACUCAAGAUAAAAAAUGGUACUCCUCCAAUGCGUAAGUCAGCCCUAAGGCAGAUCACUGAGAAAGCAAGGGAAUUCGGUGCAGGACCUCUGUUCAAACAAAUAUUACCCCUUCUGAUGUCUCCUACAUUAGAAGAUCAAGAACGCCAUUUGUUAGUGAAGGUCAUCGAUCGUAUUUUGUAUAAACUGGACGAUCUUGUCCGCCCUUUUGUGCACAAAAUUUUGGUUGUUAUUGAACCUCUACUUAUUGAUGAAGAUUAUUACGCUCGUGUCGAGGGGCGUGAAAUAAUAUCUAAUCUCGCAAAAGCUGCCGGACUCGCUACUAUGAUUUCUACUAUGCGUCCCGAUAUUGAUAAUAUGGACGAAUAUGUGCGUAAUACAACUGCAAGAGCGUUUGCUGUCGUUGCAUCAGCUCUAGGAAUCCCUAGUUUGUUGCCAUUUUUAAAAGCCGUUUGCAAAUCUAAAAAAUCUUGGCAAGCUAGACAUACUGGCAUCAAGAUUGUUCAACAAAUAUCUAUCCUUAUGGGUUGUGCAAUUCUACCGCAUUUACGGUCUUUAGUGGAAAUUAUUGAACACGGGUUAGUUGAUGAACAACAAAAAGUUCGCACCAUUACAGCAUUAGCUUUGGCCGCUCUUGCUGAAGCAGCCACUCCUUAUGGUAUAGAAUCAUUUGACUCAGUUUUGGAACCUUUGUGGCGUGGUAUAAGAACUCAUCGAGGCAAAGGUUUAGCCGCUUUCCUAAAAGCUAUUGGCUACCUCAUCCCCCUAAUGGAUGCAGAGUAUGCCAAUUAUUAUACCCGUGAAGUUAUGUUAAUUUUAAUCCGUGAGUUUCAGUCUCCUGAUGAAGAAAUGAAAAAAAUUGUUCUUAAAGUAGUCAAGCAGUGCUGUGCAACAGACGGUGUCGAACCUGAUUAUAUUAAGUCGGAAAUUCUACCACCGUUUUUCCGUAGCUUUUGGACACAACGUAUGGCUCUAGAUCGGCGCAAUUACAGACAGCUGGUUGAUACAACUGUGGAAAUAGCAAAUAAAGUCGGUGCAGCUGAUAUCAUCUCUAGAAUUGUAGAUGACCUCAAAGAUGAGUCCGAACCUUAUCGUAAAAUGGUGAUGGAGACUAUCGAAAAAGUUAUGUCUGCACUAGGAAGCACAGAAGUUGAUGCUCGACUUGAAGAGCAAUUAAUCGAUGGUAUAUUAUAUGCUUUCCAGGAACAAAGUACCGAAGACGCUGUCAUGUUGAUUGGUUUUGGAACUAUUGUACAAUCACUUGGUAAACGUGUUAAGCCGUACUUGCCCCAAAUAUGUGGUACAAUCUUAUGGCGUCUUAAUAACAAAUCGGCUAAAGUUCGUCAGCAGGCAGCCGACCUUAUUAGUCGUAUCGCUGGUGUAAUGAAAGUGUGUCAAGAAGAAAAACUAAUGGGUCAUUUGGGUGUAGUUUUAUAUGAAUACCUUGGUGAAGAAUAUCCAGAAGUACUUGGAAGUAUUUUGGGUGCCCUUAAGGCUAUUGUAAAUGUAAUUGGUAUGACCAAAAUGACUCCUCCAAUUAAAGAACUUCUGCCAAGAUUGACACCAAUAUUGAAAAACAGGCAUGAAAAAGUAGAAGAAAACUGUAUCGAUCUUGUUGGACGAAUAGCAGACCGUGGGUCGGAGUAUGUCUCUUCUAGAGAAUGGAUGCGUAUCUGCUUUGAACUCUUGGAAUUAUUAAAAGCACAUAAAAAAUCAAUUCGACGAGCAACUGUCAACACUUUUGGUUAUAUUGCCAAAGCAAUCGGUCCACAUGAUGUUUUAGCGACUCUGUUAAAUAAUUUAAAGGUGAGUUGUUUAGAGCUUAUUUGUCAAAGCCAGUUACAGUCUAUUUGUUGUUAUCUUCUUCACUUUCAUUUGUGUUUUCCAUUUUAAUAUUCUAAAUUUUUCUCUUCAGGUUCAAGAGCGUCAAAAUCGUGUUUGCACAACUGUUGCUAUUGCUAUUGUUGCAGAGACAUGUAGUCCAUUUACUGUUUUACCCGGUCUUAUGAAUGAAUAUAGGGUCCCUGAACUAAAUGUUCAAAAUGGUGUUUUAAAAUCACUGGCUUUCAUGUUCGAGUAUAUUGGUGAAAUGAGCAAAGACUACAUAUAUGCCGUAACUCCUCUGUUAGAAGAUGCACUAAUGGACCGGUAACUAAAAAUUCCUUAAUAUACUCUUUUUCUAUGCGGUUUGCUAACCUAAUGUAUUUUUCCUUUUAGUGAUCUUGUGCACAGACAAACUGCAAUGACUGCAGUAGCUCAUAUGGCUCUUGGUGUAUAUGGGUUUGGGUGUGAGGAUGCUCUUCUGCAUCUCCUGAACGUCGUUUGGCCUAAUGUCUUGGAAACUUCGCCACAUGUCAUUCAGGCUUUCAUGUUUUGCAUUGAAGGUCUCCGUGUUGCACUUGGUCCUAACAAAGUACUUCAGUAUUGUCUUCAAGGCUUAUUCCAUCCUGCUAGGAAAGUGAGAGAUAUGAUGUGGAAAGUGUACAAUACUAUUUACAUUGGUAAUCAAGAUGGCUUAGUUUAUGGUUUCCCACGUAUUCCUGACGAACAAGAUCACACUUAUAUCCGACAUGAAUUGUCUUAUAUUUUGUGAAAAUGUAUUUGUCAGUAUGAUCACAACCCUAUUUACUUCUUAUUUUCACUCCCAGACUUUUAUGUUUUGUUACUAUUGCAUUCUUGUCCUUCAAAUAAGUUCCUGAUAUCAGGAUCUAUUAACUCCUACGGUUUUACACAUCGUCGUGGUCUUGUAUUUAAACCAAUUUUUUUCGGAUUAAUAAAUCAGUU